AUGAGCGCGCUUGACGGCGGCUUACAAGAUCUGGAACGGCAGCGCCUCGAGCUCGAAGGGAAUAUCCUGAAACUCCAGGAAUCGCUCUACCACUGGCGAACCUGGGAGGCUGAGUACGAGGGGUUGAAGGAAGAAAUCAAUGAUCUCGAUGAUGACGCCACGACGGACGAUUUCCUUCGCGUCGGCCGCGACUUUGGCGGCUCGCUGGUCAGCGAAGACGAAAUCAAAGUGAUCCUCGGCGAAAAGCAGGGUGUCCACCGGUCAAAGCAGCAAGCUGUUGACCUCAUAUCGAGGCGGAUUGACUAUGUGAAGGAAAAUGUUGCGACAAUGGAGAAAAGACUGCGGACAGCAGAGAAUCAAAUGUAUGCGCUGCAAAGCGCGGAACAGAUGCCUUCGGAACCUACGGCCGAUUUUCCUAUGACCGAGAUCACGGAGGAGCUGGAUGAGGACGGAAAUGUAAUUUCUAGCUCCACGUCUACGCCUGGGAGUAAGGCGCCUGAACUACUGGAGCUUUUGAAGAAAGCCGGAGUCAAGGAUGUACCUGAUGUUCCGCAUAAACAAGACUCUGAGCAUACCGCUCCCGCUUCGCAGUCAAAUGCAGGAAUUAAUGAGACCACUGAAGUGGAGAUAGAUGAACCUGAGGAUCAUCAGACAGCUACACAGAAUGGCGCCUCUAUGGAAUUAGAAUCAUUAGUGGAGGCGCGCAAAGAGAAGCCGAUCACCGAUGUUGACGAGUCUCCGGAGGAUGCUGCGCUUCGCCGUGAAAUGCUGCGAUACAGUCUGGACGAGGUGGGAGCCGUUGUCGCUGAGCUCGAAUUAGACGAGGAUGCCGACGAUAUCUCCGUUGAUGAAGAAUAUGGUUACGACUAUGAUGAUGAUGAAGAAGAGGACGAGGAUGAAUUCGGAAGAACCCGCCCCGUCCUGGAUGAGGAUUACCACCAGCAGAUGCGUGAGCUGGAGAAGAAGUUGAACGCCAAAGGCAUGUGGAACGUGGGCAAAGAUACCACCGCGCUUCCAGAGGAUGUCCAGCACGAACUCGAGAAACCUGCUGUGGUCCGCAUUCAGAAGUCAGAUGAACUCAGCGACUCACCGAUACCAGAGAAAAAGCCGAAGAAAAAGGUCGCAUUCGCUGAUGACCUAGACAUUGCCCCUGCGUCUCAACCCCCUGUUCUAGAGCCUCGGAAGCUUCCACCAAAGGAGCCGGAGGUUGCCACCAUGUCAGACUCGAUCAUCGAGCGUACCAAACCAGCUGAGAAGAAGCCAGGCGCAGACAGCGGUCCAAAGAAGGUCUCGCGGUUCAAGAGCGCCAGGAAGGCACCUGAAGGCACCCCAACUGAUGAUACCGCCGCGGUGGCCCUCCCUCCAACCAACGCUAUCCCCCGGCCUGCGGAACCACACGUAUCUCAGCAUAAGUCCACCACGUCGACCCCGGUUACAUUACCUCUCUUCCCCGCCAAGCCGACAGAGCCCAAACCUUUCUCGCAGCCAAUCUCAGAUAUCGUGGAGAAGCCAUCACUACCACCGCAACCCGAGGGUCCCGAUGGUAAGAUCCUCGCAGACACGCUUGUCGAGCGGCCCGUCUCCGAAGGCGCCGCCGCUCCUCCCGAGCCGGACGAACUCGACGAGCAGCUCCACAGAAAGGAGAUCGCAACGGAGUUCUACAGGAUGCGCAACAUGAAGAUCCAGCAGGACGGCGGCUUCGUCGACAACGAGCCCGAGAUCGUGCCUAUCGAGACAGAGGAAGCCCCUAAACGCGUGAGCAAGUUCAGAGCCGCGCGCAUGAGGCAGCCGUAG